AGAAAUGCGACCGUCCUCGCCAAAAAAUGUCGGUGAGGGAACACAAGCGUUGUAGAGAUGUGUUUUAUCUACUAAUGACAGGACACCGUCUCUCUUUUCAGUUGUAACAAUGGACUAAACAUUACGUUUUAUUUAACAGUUUCGUGUCGGUGCACAUUAGAGUUUCUCAAGCUGUCGAGCUCGUUGGCGGCCAACGAAAACGAGGCGGGAGUUAGCAACAGAUGCUAAGCGUGUGUACAAACGUUUAAUAGGUUUUACCGCUAAAGAAACAAAAGUAGUGUUCUAAAGAGUACGAGAAGGAAUUUACGAGCGGCAACGUCAACUACUGGACGCGGUUUUCAAGCCUCAAAUGGAGUCACAGAAAGCAGCCUGGCUGGAGAUCGACUGACACACCCCCUGCGGUCGACUGGUAGCUCGCGAUCGACGUAAUGGGCACUCCUGGUGUACAGGGUUAAAGAACAAGAACACUGAUGGGUCGCCAAAGGCGCCCCGUAAAAGAUGGGAAAAAGGUGGAUAUCUUCACGUCCUCGACAGAAAAGGGUCGCCCUCCUUCUUCUCCCAAGAGUCCGUCGUGUGUCCAGCAACAACCGCUCCGUCACGACAGCAGAUUUGGAGAGCAGUGCAAAAAGAGGCAACAAGAAAGUUAAGACAAGACAAAGAAGCAAGCAGGAGAGAUAAGGGAGAAGAAAUUGGAGCGUCCACCCUUGAUGAGUGCCAGGGAGAUGGCGCUUUUCUUCCUUCAAGACGUAAAUGAAGAAGAUCUUCCCCCUAAACAGCAGCAGUGGAGCGCCGAGAAAGAGCAAGGGGGGCCACGGCCCCUCCACAUUAAAAAGGAAAAAGAGGAGCAAGUGUGGACUCGGGCGGAUGCUGACAUCAGCAGUCUUCCAGUGAUUCGUGUGAUGGUGAAGAGUGAAGAUGAUGAGGAUGAAGCUCGGUCGUCAGGGCCGGAUCGCAGUCAAAGUGAGCAGACAAGAAGAGCAGAAGCAGACAGCCUCUUGGCUCCGCUGUCAGAUAGUGACGACACAACGUCACAUUCUCCUGACACUGAUGAUGAAGACUCAAGAGACGAUAAGAACUGCCACACCGCCAAAAAACACUUUAAAUGCUCUCAAUGUGACAACACUUUUGGCUACAAAAGAAAUUUGAAAGUACACAUGCGAUGUCACACAGGAGAAAAACCCUUCAGUUGCACAUUUUGCAGCAAAAGAUUUCUUCGCAAGGCACAUCUGGUGGCACACACAAGGACGCACACUGGCGAGAAACCAUUCUCCUGCUCGGUCUGCAACACAAACUUUAACGCCAGUUCGACGCUGAGUCAGCACAUGAGAACACACACUGGGGAAAAACCUCACAGCUGUUCAUUUUGUGGCAAAACAUUCUCUCAAAGGGGGCAAUUGAUGACACACACAAGAAAACACACUGGGGAAAAACCAUUUUCAUGUUCGGUCUGCAAAACCGGGUUUAGCGUCCGUUCGGCUUUAGUCCAACACAUGAGAACACACACCGGCGAGAGACCUUUUUCUUGCUCUGUUUGUAGAAAGACCUUCUCCAGGAAGAUAACUUUGAAAGAACAUGUGCGAACACACACUGGAGAAAAACCCUUCGCAUGUUCAGUCUGCAAUGUGAAUUUUAGUUUUCAGACAACGUUAAUUCGACACAUGAGAACGCACACUGGUGAAAAACCAUUUCCCUGCUCAGUCUGUGUUAAAAAAUUCUACGUUAAAAGAAGUUUAAGAGCCCACAUGAGAACACAUACUGGCGAAAAACCCUUUUUUUGUUCAGUCUGCAGCACACGUUUUAGUUUUCAGACAGCACUAGUCAGGCACAUGCAAACACACACUGGGGAAAAACCUUUCAUUUGUUCAGUCUGCGGUCUAGCGUUUUCCCAAAAGGGUACUUUGAUCAAACACACAAGAACACACACCGGCGAGAAACCAUGUACUUGCUCUCAUUGCGGUCAAGCAUUUUCUGACAAAAGCAGUCUGAUGACCCACACGAGAACACACACUCUUGAAAAACCCUUUCCGUGUUCAGUUUGCGGCGAUCGAUUCUCUCAAAAAGGAAAUUUAAUGGCACACGUGAGAACACACACCGGGGAGAAGCCGUUUUGCUGCCUAGUUUGCGCUAAAAGAUUCACCCGGAAAAACAGUUUGACUAUACACACAAGAAAACACACGGGUGAGAAACCAUUCAGUUGCGGUGCCUGCGCUAAGACGUUUGUAUACAAGUUCCAGCUGAACAAACACAAGUGUGCUGCUGAAGAGAAGCCACAAUAAAUUGAUUUUGAUAUCUUGUUAUA